AUGAGGUUAUAUACUUUAACAUGUAUCUACAUUGUAGUAGUAUUUGUAUCAACAUUAUCAGUUAAAAUUCAAAGAAGUAUUCAUUAUAUUAACAAUAAAAUAUUAAAGAAUACACGGAUUAAUAACAAAGCUCCAAAAAAUUUUGUUCAUAUAAAUAAUCAUAAAGAACAAACAUAUUUACAAAAGGUGCAAUCUAAUAUAGUUCAGGCUGGAGAAACCCUCGGCGAAAAGCUGGGCAAAAAAUUUGGCAAAGGAAUAAAUAACCCCAUCAGCAUAGCUGCUAUAAUUUUUGCUAUUAGUUCGGUAAUAGGCUUUUUUUACAAGAGAGGAGAAAAAGAGACAGGUAAAAAGACAAAUGAUUCAUAUAAAUCUAAUAACGAAUUAUCCAAAUAUAGAUGUGUAAAAUGCAAUUUAGUAAUGUUUCCAGCUAAAGGAAGGGAACAGAAGUUUUUAAAAGAGAAUUUCAUUUGCCCCAACUGUGGACAGUCUAACAUGGACAAGCAUGUAGCGAAAAAAUAG